AUGGACCCAUGGAAUGGACCCAGCUCACACUUGCUUGUGCUUCGGUAUCUCUCCAGCUCUUGCAUCAAUAUGGAUCAAAGCACCAGUGUGGCCGACUUAGGAAGCAUCGACUCCCUCUGUGAUGAAACCAUGGAUAAGAUCUUGGAAAAGGCGAGCGAGGAUGAUUUUGAUACUGAUCUGGAAAAUGACGUGAAGUCCACGGGAGAAACUCCAAGCGAGGAGCAGAUCUAUCGCCUGGCAUGUGAGGAUGUGGGAGUCAGCCCCAUGUCUUACUUCAUUCGACAUCACAAGGACAUUCGGCUUAACCUGAACUACCGCUGUAUGUCAGCCAAAGCCCUGAAGGCCCUGUCCAUCGCACUCGUGACCAAUACAGCGGUGACUAUACUGGACCUGGAACAUGAUGGGAUUGAUGCCGAGGGGGUGCAGUACCUGAUGGAAAUGUUAGCCGAGAACUGCUUCAUCCAGACUCUGAACUUGUCCAACAAUGAGCUACGGACUCAGGGAGCGAAGGUGCUGUGCAGAAAACUUCCACUCAACAUCUCUCUCAAGUGCAUCAAGGUGGCAGGAAACAAGUUCACCAACAGUGAUGCUGCGUUUUUUGACGAAGUUUUAUCUGUAAUCCCAGACAGUUUCAACGAUGUUGAGCUCAGGGCUCUGUGGAGGCCAUACCAUCUGUUGCAGAACUCCUCGUUCUCCUUUUCACUGAAGAUUAAUUUCAGAAUUUUGGAGCUGGAUCUUAGCUACAAUGAGUUUGGAAAUAAAGGAGCAGAAUUCUUGGGACACAUGUUAGCAAACAAUGAAAGUUUGGAAAGAUUGAACCUGAGUUGGAACCAAAUCCAAACACAGGGGGCCGUGGCGAUAAGUGCAGGAUUACGGAUCAAUAUCACCCUGAAAGUCCUUGAUCUUUCCUGUAAUGGGUUUGGAAAUGAAGGUGCGUUGGCCAUAGGAGAGACUCUGAAGUACAACAACACCCUCCUGGAGCUCAACCUCAGCACCAACCACAUCAACAACGAAGGGGUUUCCAAUCUGUGCAAAGGACUGGAUGUCAAUGACAAUGUGAAGUUUUUGUAUCUGAAUAACAACCCUAUAACUGUGGAAGGUGCCCUUCGUCUUUUGGAGGUCAUGCAAAAGAAUGACAAGACAAACCUGGAAACAAUCAGCAUUCAAAAUGUACUGGUGAAUGAAAAGUUCAUGGAACUGCGAAAGGGAAUUACUGAUAAUCAUCCACAGUUUCAGAUUGAAAUUAGAGGGGUUGGUGGCUUUGUGUCAGGGGGGAGAAUCCACAGACUUGAUCCAAUGAAAGUGAUCCAGAAUUAUCUUGACAAACGCAAACUUCGCCUCUCGGAUUUCUUCCGGAACAUGGACAAAGCAGGAAAUAUGAGCGUGCCUGUGUCUGACUUCCGAAGAGCUUUACAGCAAUUCAACAUUCCGUUGGACCUCAUCCAGGUUGAGGAACUUAUCAACAAGCUUGAUAAGGAAAACACAGGAGCAAUUGACUACAGGAAUCUGGUUAACACCAGGAAGCAGAUGAUUCAGGAGCACAGGGAGCAACUCCGCAGGGAAGACAGCAGGCAGAGGAAGGAGAAACAGAAGGUGCAGCGGGUGCUGAUGACGUUCAGAAAUGUAAUAAAGGCUGUCACCCCCCAUGGCUCUACUGUCAUUUCAUCGAGUCAGGUUAAGCUGCCAGACAUCCAACCACUCAAAACCUCGAGCUCCCAGCAUUCAAGCUCCACACCGUUAAGUUCAUGGCACCAUGUGGUGGGCUCAAAUAGCAGUCGGCACUCAAUGCCAACUCUGAACAGUGUUCAGGUACACCAGCAGUUCAGCCAUUCUAGGAAAAAUCCAUUUGUUUCCACUGCCAGGGUGGGAUCUUCUCCUGCAACGCACUCAACUUUCCAGCCCAAAUCACGUGUGCAUUCUCUGUCAUGUCCAAGUAUGAUCUCCAAUAUAGAGAGAAUUCCUGCAGCUGGGUCUAGCCCAGCUACUUCCUUUCACAUCAUACAAGCAGCACCGCUGAGGGAGAUAAAGACUAAAAGAUAGUGAUGGUGAAACCUGUCGGAUAGGAAUCCAUCCUAAAUUGUCUGACUUCAGUGAGAUCAGAUCUCACAGCAGUGUAUGAUGCAUCAUUUAUUAAUCAAAUUGCAUUUUCAGACAGAAUCAGGCAUCACCCAUCAAGUUGCUCUGCCUUUCAAUCACGGCUAAUUUUUUCAACCCCAUUCUCCCACUUUCUUCUCCUAACUUUGACUCCCUUACGAUUCAAGAACCUCUUCCACCUAUCUCUUCCCAGCUUCUUACUUAUCCCCAUCCCUGCCCACCAACUUCCCUCCUCACCUGGAUUACCUAUCAACCUUUGGCUUUUACUCUUUCCCCUUUCCCCACCUUCUUCUGGUUUGUGGCCCCUUCCUUUCCAGUCCUGAUGAUGUAGCCCAAAAUGUUGACUUUUUAUUCCCAAUUAAUGCUACCUGACCAGCUGAGUUCCUCCAGCAUUUUGUAUGUGUUACUCUUGAAAUCCAGCAUCUGCCGAAACUUUUGUGUUUAAGAACCUAUUUGUCUCUGCCUUAAUUACACAUGACUUGACCUCCACAGCCCUCUUUGGCAACAAAUUCCAAGGAUUCACCACCCUCUAGCUGAAAAGCAACUUCUUCAUCAGUUUUAAAAGUACAUCCCUUUAUUCUAAGGCUGUGCCCUCAAAUCCUAGACUCUCAUGUCCAUUCUAUUGAGGCAUUUCAUACCAAAUAAAUUUCAAUGAGAUCCCUUACUCCUUUCCAAUUCUUCUGAACUCCAUCAAGUAGAGUCAGAGUCAUUAGUCAUUCCUUAUACAGUAUGUUAGGGCUUGCAUUUGUAGAAUUAGUCCUGCGAACCUCUUUGGGACCCUCUUCAGGCUCACAUCCUUCCUUACAAAUAGGGGACAAAAUUAUGCACAUUAUUCAGAUUCAUUUAUUACAUAUACAUUUGAAACAUACAGUGAAAUGCACCAUUUGCAUUAACCAACCUAGGGAUGUGCUGGGGGCAGUUUGCAAGUGUCACCACACAUUCAGGUGCCAACAUAGCAUGCCCAGAGUGCUCAGCAGAACAACAAAGAACACAACAAGCAACACACAACAGCAAAACAA